UCAACAGGCCUAGGGUGCGUUCUCUCUCUCUCCCAAGUUCCCAACACAAAACUAACGUCACCUAACUUUAGGAAAGUAUCAUAUGUUCACUGACUGAUAAGUGAAAAAGAAUCGCAAAUAAGGUAAGAUUUUGUAUCUUCUGAAUUUUUGGUCUCACUCCAAUCAAUAUUUUAUAUGCAAAAGUGGUCCAGAAUUGGUUUGUUAUCAAACCCCAGAAUUUCCUAUUUUGUUAUAUUAUUGCGAGAAAAUUACACAGAAUUUUUUUGUUUGAUGGACUUGUUUUUAAGAUUCUUAUGGAAUUGCACAGAGAGAGGAAAGAGAUUAAUUUGGUCUGGGAUAUUCGUGGGCUGCUGCAUUAGAGUCUAGGUUUGUGUAUAUUGUUUUUGAGGUACAUGGUGGUGCUGGAAUAUGUAAGUACAAUCAUGGCUUCUUUGGCCUCCCCGGUGAGUACAGGAAGUGCUACUGUGAGUUCGUCCGGGCAUUUUGAAGGACUUGAGAGAGUUUCUCUCUCUAAAAAUGUCCAUAGUUUUCACAAAAUUUGGGUUAAGAAGAGAGGCAGGGUCUGUAAAUAUUCAGUAACUGAUUACAUUGCCGAUCAAGGGACUUCAGUUUCCCUUAAUUCAACAUAUGAAGGAAGCAAACACAAUGCUGCUGUUGUUGUUCUUAAGGCGGCUCCAAAGCCGGUUUUAAGAUCUGGGUCAAAGACCGAACCCCUUUUAAAUAUUAACUCCAUAAGUUCAAUGCCUUGGAAUCUAUCAAAACUAAACGAGGAUUCUGAAUAUGAGAAGGUACAUGAUGAUAAAGAAGAGAUAGAUAAGGUGAUUGAGUCACUGGGAGAGGCACUGGAGAAGGCUGAGAAAUUAGAAUCUAUUAAAAAAGUCAGUCCAGUCAAUAAAUCACCACUCAACAUAAGCACUGACAAGAGAAAAGGUAAACCAAAAAAUGGUAAACCAGUUAAUUUAACAGUCGGUCGGAAGUCUAAGACUUUGAAGAGUGUAUGGCGGAAAGGGGAUACUGUGGCUAGUGUACAAAAAUCAGUCAAGGAAUCUCCUAAGACCCAGAAGGUUGAGAAAAAGGAACCAAGGAUAGAAGGAGCGGGGAAAGUUGAGUCUCCGCCCAUUUUUCCUCUAAGACCUCUUAAGCCACCUAUAAAACCCUCCAUAGCUCCUCCGCCAGUGAUCAAGAAAUCUGUUAUCUUGAAGGAUGUGGGGGCGCCUCCAAACAACCGAGCUACUGGUGGAAAUAACUUAGUUGCAAAAGAAAGAAAGCCAAUGCUGAUCGACAAAUUUGCAGCUAAGAAACUGGUGGUUGAUCCUCUGAUUGCUCAAGCAGUAUUAACCCCUCCAAAAUCUGCAAAGGGCCCUAUCCCUGGAAAGUUCAAAGAUGAGUUUCGAAAGAAAAGUGGUCCACUCGGAGGACCACGGAGGCAGAUGGUUAAAAAUGUUGAGAUUCCUGAUGAGGAGACAUCGGAACUUGAUGUUUCUAUUCCCGGUGCAGCUACAGCAAGGAAAGGAAGGAAAUGGAGCAAGGCAAGUCGGAAGGCAGCUAGACUCCAGGCAGCUAAGGAGGCUGCUCCUAUUAAAGAAGAAAUUUUGGAGGUCGGUGAAGAAGGUAUGUCGACUGAGGAGUUGGCCCACAACUUGGCGAUUAGUGAAGGUGAAAUUUUUGGGUACCUAUCCUCAAUGGGGAUUAAGCCUGACGGCGUGCAAACAUUUGAUAAAAAUAUGGUCAAGAUGAUCUGCAAAGAGUACGAGGUAGAAGUCAUAGAUGCUGCUCCCGUGAGAGUGGAAGAAAUGGCUAAAAAGAAGGAAAUUCUUGAUGAGGAAGACCUGGAAAAUCUAGAAGAUAGACCUCCCGUUCUUACUAUAAUGGGCCAUGUUGAUCAUGGAAAGACCACUCUUUUGGAUUACAUUCGGAAGAGCAAGGUAGCUGCAUCUGAAGCAGGUGGUAUUACACAGGGAAUUGGGGCAUAUAAGGUUCUAAUACCCAUUGAUGGCAAGUUUCAACCAUGUGUCUUUCUUGAUACUCCUGGACAUGAGGCAUUUGGGGCAAUGAGAGCUCGUGGUGCAAAGGUGACAGACAUUGCUAUCAUUAUUGUGGCUGCUGAUGAUGGAAUCCGUCCUCAAACAAAUGAGGCCAUAGCUCAUGCCAAAGCAGCUGGUGUACCAAUUGUAAUCGCCAUUAACAAGAUAGAUAAGCAUGGAGCUAAUCCUGAGCGAGUCAUGCAAGAGCUUUCUUCAAUUGGUUUAAUGCCAGAAGAUUGGGGUGGUGACAUCCCAAUGGUUCAGAUCAGUGCUCUUAAAGGGGAGAACAUAGAUGAGUUGUUGGAAAUUGUCAUGCUUGUUGCAGAGUUGCAAGAAUUGAAAGCUAAUCCUCACAGAAGUGCUAGGGGCACAGUCAUCGAGGCAGGUCUUCAUAAAUCUAAAGGACCGGUAGCUACAUUUAUUGUGCAGAAUGGCACCCUGAAAAGAGGGGAUAUAGUAGUUUGUGGUGAAGCCUUUGGGAAGGUUCGGUCUCUAUCUGAUGAUGUUGAGAAUCGUGUUGAUGAAGCCGGACCCUCUAUACCAGUGCAGGUCAUUGGAUUGAAUAAUGUUCCAAUUGCUGGUGAUGAAUUUGAGGUUGUUGGCUCCCUUAAAGUUGCACGUGCAAGGGCCGAGUCACGUGCGGAAUCUUUAAAAAAUGAACGUAUAUCAGCCAAGACCGGGGAUGGGAAGGUUACACUUUCUUCCUUUGCUUCUGCAGGUUCAGCUGGAAAGCAGGCUGGAUUACUCUUGCACCAGCUGAAUAUUAUUAUGAAGGUUGAUGUUCAGGGUUCCAUUGAGGCUGUCAGACAAGCCCUAAAGGUGCUCCCUCAAGAUAAUGUCACUUUGAAGUUCCUCUUCCAAGCAACUGGGGAUGUAAGCACCAGUGAUGUUGAUCUUGCGGUUGCUAGUAAAGGCAUUAUUCUGGGCUUUAAUGUUAAAGCACCUGGUUCUGUUAAGAGCUAUGCAGACAAUAAAGGUGUUGAGAUUCGACAGUACAGAGUUGUAUAUGAGCUUAUUGAUGAUGUGCGAAAUGCUAUGGAGGGACUUUUGGAGCCUGUUGAGGAACAAGAAACAAUUGGUGCAGCCGAAGUACGAGCCAUAUUCAGCAGUGGCAGUGGUCAUAUUGCCGGAUGCAUGGUGACGGAGGGAGAAGUGGUGAAAGACUGUGGCAUUCGGGUUGUGAGAAAUGGAAAAACAAUAUAUAUUGGUAUUCUCCAUUCUUUGAGACGGGUGAAGGAGAUUGUGAAAGAGGUGAACGCUGGACUGGAGUGUGGAAUUAGGACGGAGGACUUUAGUGAUUGGGAGGUGGGAGACAUUCUUGAGGCUUUCAAGAUGGUGCAAAAGAAGCAAACUCUUGAAAAGGCAUCGGCUGCUAUAGAAGCCGCGCUUAAAGGAGUGGGAAUUGAAUUGUAAAGAAGGCACCAUAAACGUGUUUUUGUUGGUUGACAUGCUUCUUGAUCUAGUCGGAACGUGUUUUUGUUUGUACAGGCACAAUCCAUUCCAGGGAUUUGACACAAGUCAGCAGGUGUAAUACAGGAUGAGUUCUCACAAAUUGCAAUGCAUCCCAUCCCGAACACAUGGAGGAAUAGAGCUUGCAGAGAUUUUUGUCCAUUGUUGUAUCCUAGUAUGUUAGAGUGCAAGGAGUUAAAAUGUAUCUGAUAUCAGCCCUCCUUGUAAAGAGAGGAACAGGAAAGUGCACUGGAUGGUCCUGUGCAAUUUAAUGCAAACCCAUGCAACUCUAAUGUAAAUGCUCAUGUAAAACUUCAAGGGUGCAACAAAUUACAUCGAGAUGCAACAUUGAGAACACAACACUUUUUCAUUGUUGUCGCAUUCUCGAUCUAAGUGCAUUGUAAAGUACUAGAAAGGAUCUCGGUUCAGAGGAA